UUACACUAUCAUUUAGAGUGGGUUUUAAUUCCCUUAUUAGCUGAGUAAAACCCAUAGGUGAUGUCAUGACAAGUGUACUUGCACCUAGGCCCUUGAGAGCAGCGCUUUUGGCUACUCUCCCCAGGUCUUUUGGUUCAAAACCAACAUGGCGGCAAAUGGUGGGUUCUUAGGAUACAGUAAAGACAGUCUGCAGAAUCUUUACAGCAAAGUUAUUUGCAGAAAGAUUGAAAUAGAUACACUGUUAUCUCUUUUGGGAGAUAGGAAGUCAUAUUCCUGUCCUGCGAUAUUUGUGUGUGGACACACCGCUACCGGGAAAUCUUUUCUUGUGCAAACUUUGCUGAAAGAUCUAGAGCUUCCACAUGUAUUGGUGAAUUGUGUGGAGAGCUUUACAGCAAGAUUGAUUUUUGAACAUGUUCUAUACCAGUUGCAAGAUUCAGACAAAGAAGAUGAUUUAACUGCCUCACCGAAAUGCGACAACAUGACAGACUUCUUGCGACAUCUGAAACAUAACCUUUUAUCAAAGGACCUUGCAAACGAAACGUUUUACAUUGUUCUGGACAAAGCAGAGAGACUAAGAGACAUUGAGGCAAACAUGCUUCCUGCAUUUUUAAGACUUCAGGAGCUUACGCAGCUCAAUAUCUGUGUGAUCUUGCUAAGUCAGAUUGUAUGGGAGAAGUUCCAAGUCGGAACAGGAUUUUAUGAGCCUAUUGUUAUGCAUUUUCUGGAUUAUUCAAAGACUGAAGUGCUGCAGAUCAUGGCAAGAGAUUGCCCAGCAACAUAUCCUGAGGAAUUUUUCAAAGCAUACUGCCAGCUUCUCAUGAGUGUAUUUUAUUCAGUGUGUAAGGAUUUGAAUGAGCUGCGGCAUCUGGCUCUUCUUCAUUUUCCAAAAUACUGUGAGCCAAUCACUUCUGGUGAGGCACAGUUGACAGACAGUCGCAAACUGUGGCGGAAUAUUGAGCCUCAUCUGAAGAAGGCCCUCCAUACAGUUUACCUUAGGGAGGUGUCCAGCAAUCAGUGGGAGAACAUUAUUGGGCAAGACACACAGACUGGCUGUGAGAACCUUCCAGGGCAGGGUAUUUCUGUUCGUUCACACAUCGAGUUGCCAUACUACGCCAAGUACCUUUUGAUAGCGUCAUACCUGGCUUCUUACAAUCCUGCUCACACAGACAGGAGGUUCUUUACCAAACAGGGACGACGAGGCUUGAGUAACAGAGCAAAGGCGGCAGCGAAAGCUAAGAAAUCCAACACACAGCUGACAGGUCCGAAGAAUUUUCAGCUGGACAGAUUGAUGGCCAUAUUUUACAGCAUUGUGGAAGAAAACGUCGCUCCAUCGGCCAAUAUUCUUUGUCAGAUUUCCUCGCUUGUCUCACUGAACCUGCUUGCUCAGAUCACAUCUGAUGAUCAGAUAGACUGUCCCAAGUACAAAUGCCUCGUGAACUUCCUUUCUAUUUCAGAGAUUGCCAAACAGCUGCAGUUUGAUAUCGUGCAAUACUUGUACGACUUCGUUUGAUGCUCUAGCAAUGAUUGAGUCGUAAAUUCUUGUUAGCUUUUUAUAAAGGAU